CAAUGCUGGCCAGGAAGAAGUCCUUUACCAGUGCCAUCGUUGGGGCGCUGGUGGCACUCUCCAUCAUCGCCCUGGUUCUCAGCCUGGUGAGGGUUGAAGAUGUGACGCUGCCACCCACGGUCAAGUAUGGGAUGGUGUUUGAUGCGGGCUCAUCCCACACCUCUCUGUUCGUGUACCAGUGGGAUUCGGACAAGGAGAACGACACUGGAGUGGUCAGCCAGACCCUGUCCUGUGAUGUCCAGGGGCAAGGCAUAUCAAGCUAUGCCAACAAUCCCCCUGAAGCUGGCAAUUCCCUAAGGGUGUGCUUGGAUAAAGCCCUGCAGGUUAUUCCUGCUGAGAAGCAGAGGGAUGUCCCAGCUUAUCUUGGAGCAACAGCUGGCAUGAGGCUACUGAGGGAACAGAACAGCUCAGCAACAGAGCAAGUCCUGGCUGAGGUUGCUAAAACCAUGCAGGAGUACCCUGUGGCUUUCAAAGGGGCUCAGAUCCUUACAGGAGAGGAAGAGGGGGCCUAUGGCUGGAUCACCAUCAACUACCUGCUGGACUCCUUCACCAAGUACUCUCCCAAAGCACACAUGUGGCUUCGUCCGGAGGCAGCCAACAUUUUUGGAGCACUGGAUCUUGGAGGAGCAUCCACUCAAAUCACCUUUAUGCCUGAAAGUUCAGUACUGAGGCAAAAUGAAGCCUCUGAGUUGACCCUGUACGGGUACAGCUACAAGAUCUACGCUCACAGCUACCUCUGCUAUGGGCAGGACGAGAUGCUGAAGCGGCUGGCGAAGGAAUUAAUUGUGGAGUCGUCCCCCAGCACACGAGUGCACCACCCCUGCUACCCAAAGGGCUACAAGGAGACCAUGUCGCUGUCCUCCUUCCGCGCCAGCCCCUGCACGGACGGCAGCGACCCGCGCCUGCCCCUGGGCGACAGCACGAUCACCCUGGAGGGCAGCGGCACCGCCAGCGCCUGCCUGGCAGCCCUCAGGAGGCUCUUCAACUCCUCGGCGUGUGGCCAGGGCCAGGACUGCGCCUUGGACGGCGGCUACCAGCCCCCGCUCCGGGGGCAGUUCAUUGCCUUCUCUGCCUUCUACUAUAACUUCAAGUUCCUGAACCUGACGGAGGGGCAGCCACUGGCCGUGGUCAGAGAGGCCAUCGAGGGGCUCUGCACAAGGAGCUGGAAGGAUCUGUCUUCCAGCUACCCCACAGAGAAUCCCAAGCGACUGCCCAAGUACUGUGCCAACGCCAACUACAUCCUCACACUCCUGCUCGACGCCUACAAGUUCAACGAGACCAGCUGGAACAAUAUCUGCUUCCAGAUGAAGGCCGGGGGUGCCGACGUGGGCUGGACGCUGGGGUACAUGCUGAACCUCACCAACAUGGUCCCGGCCGAGGCUCCAGCCAGGGUGAAGGGCCUCAGGUCUUCCCUGUGGGCUGCAGCCAUCACCUUCAUCAUCCUCAACCUCGUCUUGGGGCUCGCUGCCCUGCUCCUGCAGCUGUGGGUGUAG